AUGGGUCUGUGCUACAGCCUGCGGCCGCUGCUCUUCGGCGGCCCGGGGGACGCGCCCUGCGCCGCCUCGGAGCCGCCCGAGCAGGACGCGCCGCCCGCCCCGGCCCCGGCCCCGGCCCGGACCCCGCUCCCUUGGGGCGGUGGGACCCCGGCGCGCGCGCGGCCGGGAGCGGACCCGCAGGAGAAGCGGCGGCGCCCGGAGCAGUCGCGCGCCGAGGAGCGGGAGGCCGCGCGGGAGGCGAGGAAGGUCAGCCGCGGCAUCGACCGCGCGCUGCGCGAGCAGAAGCGCGACCUGCAACGGACGCACCGGCUGCUGCUGCUGGGGGCCGGCGAGUCGGGGAAAAGCACCAUCGUCAAGCAGAUGAGGAUCCUGCACGUGAACGGCUUUAACCCCGAGGAAAAGAAACAGAAAAUUCUAGACAUUCGGAAAAAUGUUAAAGAUGCCAUUGUGACGAUUGUUUCGGCAAUGAGUACUAUCAUCCCUCCGGUUCCUCUGGCCAACCCUGAAAACCAGUUUCGAUCAGACUAUAUCAAGAGCAUAGCCCCUAUCACUGACUUUGAAUAUUCCCAGGAAUUCUUUGAUCAUGUGAAAAAACUUUGGGACGAUGAAGGCGUGAAGGCGUGCUUCGAGAGGUCCAACGAGUACCAGCUGAUCGACUGUGCGCAGUACUUCCUGGAAAGAAUCGACAGCGUCAGUCUGGUUGACUACACACCCACGGACCAGGACCUCCUCAGAUGCCGAGUUCUGACAUCGGGGAUAUUUGAGACACGAUUCCAAGUGGACAAAGUGAAUUUUCACAUGUUCGACGUCGGCGGCCAGCGGGACGAGAGGAGGAAAUGGAUCCAGUGCUUUAACGACGUCACUGCUAUCAUUUACGUCGCGGCCUGCAGCAGCUACAACAUGGUGAUCCGGGAGGACAACAACACCAACAGGCUGAGAGAAUCCCUGGACCUUUUUGAAAGCAUCUGGAACAACAGGUGGUUACGGACCAUUUCUAUCAUCUUGUUCUUGAACAAACAGGAUAUGCUGGCAGAAAAAGUCUUGGCAGGGAAAUCAAAAAUCGAAGACUAUUUCCCAGAGUAUGCAAAUUAUACCGUUCCCGAAGAUGCAACUCCAGAUGCAGGAGAAGAUCCCAAAGUCACAAGAGCCAAGUUCUUCAUCCGGGAUCUGUUUUUGAGGAUCAGCACGGCCACGGGCGACGGCAAACACUACUGCUACCCCCACUUCACCUGCGCCGUGGACACGGAGAACAUCCGCAGGGUGUUCAACGACUGCCGCGACAUCAUCCAGCGGAUGCACCUCAAGCAGUACGAGCUCUUGUGAGGACGCCCGCCGCUGCGCCGCCCACAGGACAGUGUCCCCGCACCGCUCGUCCGCCAGCCCCAGCCGCGGUAGGAGGUAGUGAGUGCCAGUCCGUCUUGCUGCUGUCUGUCCUGCUCCGUGUCUGCCCCGCGGGUGACCCCCAAGCCUCGGGCUACCUCUGCCCGUCCCCACCGUCAACUCCUACUCGGUGGCACUGCAGAGAAAUCCCUGUGGGUCAGGGCCCUUCAUUCAUUCAUUCAUUCAUUGACUCGUUAAGAACUCAGCAGGUGGGGAGAAAAUGCGUUUUUCCGGGUUACCAAGCGUGCCUGCGAAAGCGUGCGCAGGGCGGUGAGCCACAGCUCUCUCCGAUGCCCCUGAAGCUGCAGGCUGGCAAGUGCCUGUUCCUCCUGGUCUGCCUCGGCCCAGGACGUAGAAUAGACGCCAAGCGACGUGACAGGAAGCCCUUCCCUGUCAUAUUUAG